CUUAGACUUCAUAUCUUAUUAUUAUAUAUGUCAUGUUCCCCAUUACAAAUGUUCUUGGACACGCCCAACGGUUAACAAACAACAAUAAACGGACAUAGAUUGAAUCUUGAUAUCAUAAAUAUGUGUUUAGUUACUGCACAUUCCGUAGAUUUGCAGAAGUUGUUUUGCAGCCGAAGAAAAUAAGACAGCAUCAAUGGCAACAGACAGGCUUUCUGCAUUAACAGAUGAGUUUCUUUCAACUCAUAUUCUGUCAGAGUUUUCCUACAGAAAUGUAGUACGUUUGUGCUUGCUCUCGAAGAGAUGGAGAUUCUUAUGGAAGAAAAUAACCUUUCUCAAUUUUUAUUGGCAAGAUUUUGAGAAACAAAAAGAUUUUGAGAUAAACGUAAUAAUUAGCAAUGCUCUGUUUCACCUGGAUGCUCUGUUUCACCUUCAAAUCGUCUUGAAUGGCCCCAAGACUGCCGAUUUGAACAACUGGAUUCGACUUGCAGCUGAAAAAAAGGUAGAAAGCAUGUCUUUACAAAUCUGUUAUAGAGAUUUUUCCAUGGUGGAUCUUGGGGAAUCUCUUUUUAGGUGUAAAAACCUCACUGUCCUAAAAUUAAAAUCCAUCAAUCUUCCCAAGGUACCCAGUAAUUUUGGAGGUUUCCAAUCCCUGAAAACAUUUUAUGUUUUUGAUAAUCCGAAUUUGGAUGAUGCCACGUUACAAGAAUUCAUGAACAUGUGCCCACAUCUUCAGAUUUUGUCAAUUCGCGGUUGUGUGGGCUUGAAAAAGUUGAAAAUACGUGCUUCCAAUCUCAUAUGCGUACAUCUUGGAUUUUUAAACCCCAAUAUAUCAUUGCAGAUGGCUUGCCCUCAGUUGACUCAAAUCAACCUCAUGGAUUAUGGGUACUGUCGAGGGCUUAAAUUACUUCAAGAUAUUUCAAGAAAAGAAUCUGUUAAAAUAAUUACUCUUCAUAAUUAUGGUACAAAUGUUGUCAAUCCAGAUAUCCCUAGUAUUGUUGUUCUUAACAGUUUUCCUCAGCUUGAAGAGUUGAUAAUCCAUGGCCAUUGUUUCCAGGAGAUGAUAUCCUAUAAGAUUUCAGAGACAGAGGUAACAGAGGUGACAUUGUCAAAUUUGAAGAUAGUGCGUGUCCAUAUUGGGACACAAAAGAUUGGGCAGGCUGUGAAUUUUCUAGAUUUUCUUCUGAAAAAUAGUCCAUUAUGUGCAAUAAGUGUCUUUCUGUCAAAACGCCGCAGUAGAAUCAUGCUAGAUAAAUUGCUAAACUUGGAAAAGGAAUCAAGAUUAUCCACUGCCAUAAGAGGAUGGUCAACAGAGUCCAAAGCAAUUUGUGUGUUGUGUGGUCAUUACAGAGUUUGAAAACCAUUUCCUGCAAUGUAAAUGCAACAUCUUCAGAGAUUUAAAGUUACCAUAUCCUGCAAUGUAAAUGCAAUAUCUUCAAAGAUAUAAACUUUUCCUUGUCAAGAAACAUUAGUAGUUAUCUUUUUUGUUUGGCCCAAAACAGAUGUACUUUCAUACAAUGGAAAAUGGGAUGGUUAUGUCAUCUUGAUUUCAUUUUUGUCAAUUGAAGUGAAAUUCUGUGA